AUGGCGCAGUUCAGGCAGCAGUACGGCGGCGGCUUCUCCGACUCCCGCGGCCACCACAACCACCAGGCGCUCCCGGACUGGCACCGGCCCCACCACGCCUCCGCCAAGCCCUCCUCCCGGAUCCGCCGCCCCGGGAAGCCCGCGCCGCGCCGCCGCUCGCCGGCGGCUGCCGCUGCCGUCGCCGCCGCGCUCCUCCUCCUCGCCGCCGUCUUCCUCCUCUCGCGCCGCAUCUCGCGCAGCCCCGCAGAGAUCAGCCAAGAUUCGAGCGCCGGGGAGGCGUUGCCGGAGUGGAACCAGAGCAAGAGCUGGAAGGAGCUCAAGUUCGGGCACGGCGGGGGCGGCCGGAGCGCGCGGGACUCCAGGUACUGGGACCGGGACGAUAGGCGCCGCGACGAGGACUACACGGAGGACGAGAAGGAGAAGAUCUCGGGUGGAAGUGGGACCUCUGCCGAUGCUGGCAGCAGCGGCGACAAAGGUACCACCUCUGAGGCAGGUCGUGAGGAUAAAGGAUUGACUCUAGAGACUGGCGGUGGCGCUAAGGAUGUUCCAGAGGCAUCUGAAGGUGGGAAAGGAGGGACCUUGUACAAUGAGGGUGGCAGGAAGGAGUUGGAGCAGUAUGAGGCUGCAGCCAUGGGAGGCACAGGGACAGGGGUGAGGGAGGUUGAUCCAGAUGAUGAGUAUGAUGAUGGCAUCGAUGCGCAGGAUGAUCUGGAGGAUGCUCACCUGCUUUCAUCUGAUGGUGGGAGGAAGCUUGGUGGUGGCAGCCAUGAGAGUGCUGAGAAGAAGGACGAGGUCGCCACUGAGAGGCACACAGAAGCAGGUGGAGGGAUCGCUGGUAGUCAUGAUAUUAGUAGCUCAGACAAAAAGAAGGUUUCAAGUACUGGAGAUAAGAAGCAUGUGUCCAAGAAGAAACCGAAACGUAAGAAGUCUGGUUCAACUUGUGAAAUGAAGUUUCUCAACUCAACUGCUCAACUUGUGGAGCCUGCAAGAAAUGAGAAAUUCGCUAGUUUUAAUUUGGAGUAUGUAGAAGUUGAAGAAAGACCUAUUGGAUCAGAAUAUUGGGAACCGAGAUUUGCCGGCCACCAAAGUCUGCAAGAAAGAGAGGAGUCAUACAAAGCCCAUGACCAACAGUUGAAAUGUGCUUUUGUUAAGGGUCCAAAUGGUACAAGCACUGGUUUUGAUAUAUCUGAUGAUGACCGAAAGUACAUGAGUAAAUGCCACAUUGCUGUAUCAUCCUGCAUCUUUGGAAAUUCUGAUCGACUGAGGACCCCAUUUGGCAAAACGAUUACAAGCCUCUCAAAGAAGACAGUUUGCUUUGCUAUGUUUUUGGAUGAAGUGACAUUGCAAACAUUAGAAUCUGAAGGCCAGAAAAUGGACAGCAUGGGUUUCAUUGGUAUAUGGAAGAUCAUAUUGAUUAAGAAUAUGCCGUAUAAUGACACGCGUAGAGUGGGGAAAAUACCAAAAUUUUUGGCACACAGGCUAUUCCCAUCAUCGAGGUUCUCAAUCUGGUUAGACAGCAAACUGAGACUACAAACUGAUCCUAUUCUUAUCCUAGAGUAUUUUCUCUGGCGGCAUGGUUAUGAAUAUGCUAUUUCCAAUCACUAUGAUCGGCAUUGUGUCUGGGAGGAAGUAGCACAAAAUAAAAAGCUGAACAAGUUCAAUCAUACAAUAAUUGAUCAGCAAUUUGAGUUUUACCAAGCGGAUGGACUGACAAAGUUCAACCCAUCAGAUCCUAACAAGCUGCUACCAAGCUAUGUCCCUGAAGGAUCUUUUAUCGUGAGAGAACACACACCAAUGUCCAACCUAUUCUCUUGCCUGUGGUACAAUGAGGUUGAUCGUUUCACACCCCGUGAUCAGCUCAGCUUUGCAUAUACAUACUUAAAACUAAGAAGGAUAAAUCCUGACAAACCAUUUCGUCUCAACAUGUUUAAGGAUUGUGAGAGGCGAUCAAUAGCGAAGCUAUUCCAUCAUCGAUCAGAAGAGAGACACAGUGGUGCACAACUAACAAGAUGA